UCCAGAGGGGAGGCGGGGCCGUCCAGAGGGGAGGCAGGGCCGUCCAGAGUCCCUCCCAGACAGGGCUACUGCAGCUGCUGUCAGGUCGUUUACAACAAUGUAGAGCAGCACAUCCUGAGCGCGGCCCACAGGGAGGUGGUGGGCGGAGCAAGGGCGCAGGUCGUCUCCGGGAGCAUGCUGGAGAGAUUCCUGUUGGACGUCAUCCAGCACCACCCACACCGCUACGGAGACCCCCGGCCCAGCCACGCUGACCUGCCGUCCCUGGGCAGAGCUCCGUCCCCGAGGAAGCAGCUGGACAUGUGUGUGUCAGAGGAGGACGGCUUGUCUCUGUCCACCAGGGAGCUCCUGCCCAGCUCCGACAGCUCCUCCUGCCAGCUGCUCCACGUCCAGGAGAUGCACACACACUCCCCCAGACCGUGCAUCCCACACAGCCCUCCUCUUCACAGGAAAGCUCACAGGAAGACCAACCGGCGGAGAGAGAGAUGCUCCUCCUCCUCCUCCCUCGCCCCUCGGGGACUCUCUCUUCCCCAUCAGCGGCCCGGGCCAGGGUCCCCGGACCCCAAGCCCAGGAAGAGGGACAGGAAACAGGAUGAAGCCUUUUCCAGCGAUGGCUCUGAUGGUGUGGGAGAUGUGAUAGAGGAGGUAAUCCAGAGACUCUGCUAUGGGCGCAGUCCUGCCCUUCACCACCAGGGGGACACAGACAGCUUCCACCUCAGCCUCCCCGCGUCCCUCUGUGAGGGGUCAGGCGACAGCGAGGACUGGGACGGCCCCGUCCAGGUGGCUCUGGAGCAGUGCGGGGGAGACGGCAGGGCCCUCACCUGCCUCAUGGGGGCGCAGGUGAGCCUGGAGGAGCAGGGCUACAGCAGCCGCCUGGCCUCUGCUCUGCACCCUGCUGGGGCACUCCGCGAGCCCAACAUAGAGGAGAUCCUGCCCGCCCCACCCCACAUCCCCCCCUCCUUCCUGGGGAAGACCUGGACGCAGGUGCUGCUGGAGGAUGAGAUGAAGGUGGAGGCCAUGGUCAGGGAGUUCCGCCAGGGACACUACUUCUGCUACUUCGACAGCGAGUCCCUCGCCAGGUGCGGGAGGAGGAGCGGAGACAGGAAGGGGAGGAGCAGAGACAGGGAAGGGCGUGGCCAGAGUAUGGGGGAGGCUGGCAUCCUUUCCCUCGCCGAGCACGAUGACGACCCAGAAUGCACCAGGAGGAGGAGUGGGCGGAGCUUCAGGAUGGCCUCCAGGUGUCAGGUCGUCAAGGUGAGCCAUGGGACCCAAACCACACCCCUCAUCAUCCCCAGAGUCCGGCCAGCCCCCGCCUGCCAGACAGCCAUCCCUCUGGACAGCCCUGCUCCCUGCCAGGACCUUUCCACUGACCCCGAGACGCCCCCCCAGGCGAGGGCCGGGCCCCUGCACCUGCCCCCUUCCUACUUGCGCGUCAUGACGCCACUGCAGCCCAGCACCGCACUGCUCUACAUCCUGUCCUCCCCUGGCAACCAGGACACCACGCCCCGCCUCAAACCCGUCACCAGGGGCAGGAAGAGGAGAAGGUCGAGCGAGGGGGAGGGCGGAGAUGUGGGGGUAAAGGUCAAAUACAAGCAAGUUCCCCUAAGGUACUAUGACCCGGCUACCAACCGGAUCCUCAAGACCCCCCCCAGGGGCCUCCUGCCCCCCCUGGCGCCCGGGGCCCCCCGGCCCCCACAGCCACACGUGGUUAGGCAGCUGUUCAGGAACCUUGGUCCAGACAUCAACUCAGAGAGGCUGGGCCACGAGGGGAAAGAGGUACGGGGGAGGCAGAGGGGAGGAGGGGGGAGAGACGGGUCCAGGGGGAGUCGGGAGAGAGGGAGGAGCGCGGGCAGCGCUGCGUCGGGAUCACAGCUAGAGCCUGGGGUGAAAGGUCAGGGGUCAUCAGAGGCGGGGUCGUCUGUGACCUCACCCUUCAGCCGCUCCUCGCUGUCCAAUAGCAGCCGCUUCCUCCUGGCCACACUCACCCCCGACUCAACCCCCCUCCCGGAGGCCCCCCGCCCCCCCCGCAGGGCCCCCCGGCCAGACCCCCCCCGCCCAGAGAGACGCCCCGCCCUCCCCUACAGGCUGCGCAGACCAGGGGCGAGGAGAGGGAGGAGGAGGGAGGGGAAGUCCGUCUCCCGAGGUUCACUGAGAGGACGACAUCCCAGGAUCAUAACCCCGCCAGCCAAGGGCCUCUCCCCGCCAGCCCAGCCCAGGAAAGGGGCUUCCCGGAGGGCUGUGGAGAACAGGCAACUCACCAGGCCUGGCAGCCCUACCAAGGCCUCCACUCCUCUCAAAACAUCCAGGGUAGUAGGGCUUAGGACUUCCCCCAGACUCACUCCUACCACCCUCCCCAAUCGCUCACUACGCAGGAGGGACAGGAGGUGAGGAGGGAGACUGAGGAGGAGAGGCAGGUGAGGAGGAGAAUGAGGAAAGGAUGAGAAGGAGUUGAGGCGAGGAGGCGAGGGAGGUGAGGAGGAGGAGGAGAGGGAUUGGUGAGGAGGAGAGGACAGGGUUUUGGGAGGUGGGGAAGAGGAGAGGAUUUUAGGAGGUGGGGAGGAGGAGAGACAACCUUGUUUUCCCACAAAUGCUCUGUCCUGAUUGGUGGAGAGCUGUGUGUCCCCUCCUCUCAUCAUGUCAUGUUUUGCACAAAGACCAGCAGUGAAAGCUUUCUAUUUUUUUUGUUCUUUUGUUGUAAUUUUUGAACAAAUCAGGAUAUAUUUUUUUAAGUUUAUAUUUACAAUUUUAUCAAACACUUGUUAGUUUCAUAACGAAUGAAUGUACAAUAAAUAACUUUCUUAUCA